AUGCAAAAAAUUUCUUUAUUAAAAUGGGACAGUUUUUCUUUUCUCUGGAUUUUGGUUUUUCUACAAUCUCUUUUUUUUAUCUCUAUCUCUUUAGUUUUCAAUUUAUUCCACAAUUCUUUUAUCUCUAUGUUAUCUCUCUCAAAAUUUUCAAUUUAUUCCACAAUUUCCUCUUUUAUCUCUUCUUUCAAUUUAUUUCCAAUUCUUUUCUUUAUCUCUCUCUCUUUAAAUCCAUCAAUUUAUUCCACAAUUCUUUUCUUUAUCUCUUUCUCUCUUUUUAAUCUCGAUAUUCCAAAAAUCAAACCAUCUCUCUCUUCUCUCUUUUCAAUUUAUUCCAGAUACCUCUUUCUUUUCUCUCUCUCUCUUUCAAUUUUAUUUCACAAUUCUUUUUUUAUCUUCUCUUUUUUCCAAAUUUAUUUCACAAUUAAAUUUUUUUUCUCUUUCUCUCUUUUCAAUUUAUUUCCUGGAUUACAAAAGAAAAUCUCUCUAUUUUUCAAUUUAUUCCACAAUUCUCUUUCACCAUUUCUUUUCUUUUUUCAAUUUGGGAUCCUGAAUUUCUUUUCCCAUUAUAUAUUUCCUUUCAAUUUUAUUCCACUUCUCUUUAAUUAUCUCUCUCUUUUUCAAUUUUAA